AUGGAAAAGUGCUUCGAAGAGCACGAAUCAAAAUGUCGGAAUCCCAAGGAGAAAGAUGUUUCUCCUGCAUGGCUUAUAGAUACUAAGGAUGACUGCUUAGUGCCAGGCAAGGAUAAUCAUCCAUUUGUAGCCUUGAGUUAUAGAUGGGGUUCUUCAACAAGUCGACAAAUGGACAAAGAACCCACUGUACAAGACGCUAUUCACACCGUUCGUAUAAUAGGCGAGCGCUACUUAUGGGUUGACACCAUAUGUAUAGCGCCAGACAAUGAGGAGCAGCUGGCCGAGCAAUUGCAACUUAUGGGCGGUAUCUACGCUUCUGCCAAACUCACCAUUGUUGCGCUUGAUGGUGAUGCCAGGUCCGGAAUCAUAGGGCUCAAGUCCCAGUCACCGCCUCGCAGUCUGUCCAAAAUCUUUCCUUGGAAAUAUGGCAAAAGUGUAAUUAUAAGGCAGUUGCCUUCCAUGUCCAUGCAGAAUGAAGUGGUAUCGAAAUACUUCGAACGCGGAUGGACGUUUCAAGAGUACACAUUAUCACAAAGACGACUUAUUUUUGGUGAUCAACAGAUUCAUGAAGAUCUUCGUUUGGAUGACCCUACACAUACCCUAACAUUCCCCAAUAUAAGGAAGGGAUGGCUGGACUUCAAAGAAUUGAACGUACUCCUGAAUGAGUACAACAAUCGAGAGUUGACAUAUCCCGAGGAUGCAUUUCCAGCUCUUUCAUUCGAGUAUGGAUUCCUCUUCGGUCUUCCAAGGGCGUUCUUCGACGCCGCUUUGAUGUGGUCCUACAAUAUUGAUGCAACCGAUAUGAGCGCGCGAACACGACCUGGUCUACAUCGAAGAAAGCCAUCUGAGAGACGACAUUCAGUCCUCCCAGAUACACACCUACCAUCAUGGUCAUGGAUCGGCUGGCAAGGAGAUUGUAUCAAGAUGCUGGACACAGAAGCCCAAUUCCAGUGGUCCGACUGGUCCCUUGAUUCUGGUAGUGGACAUUUGGCAAAUUUGGUUCAACCAUCACAACUCAUACCACGGUAUCCCACAGUCUAUAAGGAACCCUCGGAGAUCUCAUACGACACAGUCGUCUGGAGAGUAAAGGGCCCCAUGGGAUACGGCUACAUACCCAUGGAAGAUGGGGGAGGCAGAAGCUUUCUGUGGCCUCUCCCCAAAAUGAGCACAGAGGAACAUGAAACAAUGGCCAAGCUUGAACAAAAUCCUUCUAUCUCCUGCCGCACAAAGCGCGCAUGGUAUGGAGCUCUCCGGGAACACCACCAAAGUUAUCAAGUGUGGAUGUAUACUCAUUUAUGCCUAUUCGACAGCCAAAGACGACUAUGCGGCUGGCUCCAAUUACCAAAAGACGAGGAUUCACUUAACUUUCCUGGAGCGGAAUGCAGAAGAAUGAUGGGACAAUUCGGCAAGAAGCCCCUAGGUGUGAAAGGCACCUUUAUGAAUCCAUUUCCUGAACGCAACGAGUUACUUGAGCUGGUGGCAAUCUGUAGACGCAAGUUCCCAGACAGCAAUUUCGGGGACAAUGGGUACAUUGGGAAGAGUAUUAUGGGGUUCUGUGGGAUAGAAUGGAUUGAGGGGGUUGCUUAUAGACGAGGCUGUGGAUAUGUGCAGAAGGAACUUUGGGAAGAACAAGACUUGGAAGACGUUGACUUGAUACUUGGCUAG